AUGGCUAAAGCUAAAAGAUCCAAGAAGUCCUCGCUCGCCCGCAAGGCGGCAGGCCCCAUUUCUAAAAACGACCAAAAAGAUGAGCGUUUAAGGCAAGAGAAGAUCAUGCCUUUGAUAGCCAAGCUUAGUUAUCCGUCUACAAGUGACCGAGCCAUGGCUGUUUCAGCAAUAAUUUCCAUGUGCGAGGAUCCUAAGUUAAGAUCUCUCUUGUUAAAAGAGAAAUUAGUCCAAACAAUUAUGAGCCAAUCUUUAACGGACAACUCCGAAGAAAUUGUUGCUGAGGCUUACGGUCUCCUAAGAAAUUUAGUUGCUGAGGAGGGAUAUGAUGUAGCCAUUUUCUUAUACCGACAAGACAUUUUGACUGCAAUUGAGGCAAGCCUGGCAAAGAUUGACACCCUACUAAAUGGUACAGAAGCAAUAGUUCAGAUGAUUGGCGAGCAAAGGAAUCUGGCCUACGAAUACUUUGAAAACGUCAUUGGACUCGUAGCCUCCAUUGCAAGUGCUGAUGAGGAGAUCUUCGAAGCUGUAGAUAAAAGGUUAUCCCAACUUGGAAAAUUUGUCAGUGAAAAGCUGGCUCUUGUUUUGUCAGUAACAGUGAGUGGACCCAAAACCAAGCCUGUCAAAGUGCCAAGCUCCUUAAUUGACUCUUUGCUAGAGUUAGUGUAUGUAUUAUCCGAGUCGAACUCGAAUUUUAUCAACCAAUUCAAUCGCGACUUGAUUGAAGAAAUCAUUAAAAACUCCGAAUCGAAAGUUUCUAAAGUUUAUGCCAACGGAUUCAAGUAUAACGCCUACGUUGAGAGUAAGGUAACAUUGUCAAAGCAAAAAAAUCAGAAGAAACUGCCAACGCCUACCUCUAACUCUAAUGAUCAGGAGGUGGGUGAUAUAUUAUCUUCAUUGAUAAACAUUAUUUCACCUAUCGAUAUUACUAGUGUGCGAGAUCACCUAAGGCCUGUGGUUGAAAAUACUGAGCCUUCUCAAUUGAACGAGUCUUCUAAAAAUGCGGUUGCAGCCAGAUCAUCUAUUAAUGCUAUUCAAGUUGCUAUAGAGUUGAUUACCGCUAUCGCUGAAACUAUGGAGGUUGACCCUUCGAUUAUAUAUACCGAAAAAGACUUGUCGCAGCUUGAACUUGGUGAGUCAGAUGGUAUGGAUGAAGACAUCUCAGAUGAAGCUUACUUCGAACAAAGCAUUUCACAAAAUGCUAAACCAGAGGAAGACUUGGGUCAGUUUGAUGAUAUUGAAAUUGAUGGUCGAGAGUCUGACUCUGUAGCUGACUCUUCUGUUUUUUUUCUUAAUGAAAAGGUUGUACCUCUUUGUGUCAGGUAUUUAAGCAUUCCCGAGCUGUGCUCAAGAAGUAUGGCUGCUCUCAAUAACGUAUGUUGGACGCUACAAAGCAAGAUUCCUAUGAACAACAACGAGUGGAAGACACAUGCAGAGCAACUAUGGUCCAAUCUUGCUACUGAAACCUAUCUGAAUGCAUCUGAAGUUGAAAUUGUAAUAGGUUGUGUCGGUGUGCUGGGAGCUGUGGCUACUGCAUUCAAGGGUCAAGUACCUGUUGAGAUAAACAACCAUUCCUUGGUAUCAACUAUUUCCAAGAUGUGUAUUGACCUAAAGCCAUCUACCCCGGAAGAUGAGUAUUUGGAACUUGCGACACGUGUUGUUGUCUUGUUUACCGUCCUUGGUAAGGUACAAUCGCGACAUGGUGUUACCUCCGAGGUUUCUGCAUUUUUCUCUGAGAUCAUUAAGACUCCAUUAAGCACUCCCGCUCCCUUAUUGUUUGAAACUAUCAAUGCGAUUUUCGACUUGUUUGGAGAUGCUAGCUAUGAUUAUGAUGAACCUGUGUUUGUAGAUGCAAACUGGGUUGAUAAACUGAAACAAGCUUUGCCCCAGGUUCGCCAAGCAGCCAAGCGUAUUGAUAGGAAGAAAGACCCUGAGCUCAGAGCUAUUGGAGAUGAGGCCGCUUUGAAUCUUACACGAUUUAUUGAUUACAAAGUAAAAGAGCGAUUAUAG